ACAUAUCCUUUUCGGUCGAGCGACCGAUAGAUAUUUCCUAGAUGGAAAAAAGUGCUGUUAGUUAAGGUUCGAUCGAUGUGUGUAUUCAAACUAGUCCGGAAGGAUAUCGCCCCUAUAAGUAUAGAUGAAUGCAAAUGUGAAAUAGUUACACUGCCAAGUCGGUACGAUAAUCAUAAACAAGAAGACAAUGGUGAUAAAAGUUAUAAAAAAUCAGUCCAUCGUUUAGCUAUACUUGUGCCAUUUAGAGAUCGCUUCGAAGAGCUACUAAUGUUUGCGCCACAUAUGAAGAAAUUUUUAGAUAAGCAAAAUAUAGAUUAUCAUAUAUUCAUACUCAACCAGGUUGAUAGAUUUAGAUUUAAUCGAGCCUCUCUUAUAAAUGUAGGCUUCCUUGAAGUUAACAAAGAGUUUGAUUACAUAGCAAUGCACGAUGUAGAUUUAUUACCCAUAAACGAUGAAUUAUUAUACUCUUUUCCCACCAAAGGUCCUUACCAUAUAUCUUCCCCAGAAUUACAUCCUCGAUACCAUUAUCCAACAUUUGUUGGAGGCAUAUUAAUUAUUAAAAGAGAACAUUUUACACAAGUAAAUGGAAUGUCUAAUAAAUAUUGGGGAUGGGGUCUUGAAGAUGAUGAAUUCUAUGUUAGAUUGAAAGAAGCUGGUUUAACUGUUACAAGACCGCAAAAUAUAUCUACUGGAACGCACAAUACAUUCAAACAUAUACAUGAUAGAAAUCAUAGGAAACGAGAUAUGGUCAAGUGUUACAACCAACGAGAAAUUACUCGAAAACGCGAUCGUCAGACCGGCUUAAAUAAUGUUUCUUAUAAAAUAUUAGGUACGAUUAAAAUGUCCAUUGGGGAUACUCCAUUAACCGUCCUUAAUAUUUCUCUAAUGUGCGAUAAAUUAAAUACACCUUGGUGCGAAUGUGAUAAGCUGGUGGGAUCUAAAGAUGGAAAAUCUAAGGAGAAAAAAAAAGGCAAUAAUAACAAGUCUGCCACCGGAUUAUAAAAACCUAUAUUGAUAAAAACUGUAUUUAAAAAAGUAUAUACAUAUAUGUAUAUAAUGUAUUUACACGUUAAUGAUCCUAUUCAAACUAAUACAAAUAUUUUGAAUAAAGCGAUCAUACCGAAUAAUUAAAUGAUAUUGAGACUAUUUAAUUAUA